AUGACCCCCGAUGUAGACCGCGUUCGCAACGUCUUUGAGUAUCCGUCUACCACUCGCCUUGGCCAAUUUUCCACUGCUGCUAUCGGCGCAACGCCUCCUGGCUCUCCUCUUCCCUCUUUACUGACCAACGCCCGGCGCCGCGAUCCGAUUCCGACCUCAGCAGGCAGUCAGCUAGGCUACUGUACCCGCGAACCCAACGACACUAUCUACCGCCGCGGAUCCGCUGGCGUCGACCCCCGGGGCGCAUUCGCUCGACCCCUUCCCGCUCGACUUUCCGCUCGACUUCCCGCACACCCUACACCACAGGCUAAUCGCAGCUAUUCGCAUUCCGACCCCAGCAAUGCGCCCCGUCAAUCUAAAGACAAAGACUUCGGCAUGAUGCAGGACUCUGACGACGAACUCGCAAAGUCCGUGUCCGGCUCCUUCGGCUCCUUUGAAGAUGUCAAGCCGUCGCGAUUUGAUGAGCGCAAGUAUCGCCGUUUGCAGACUGUGCAGGAAGAAGCCUCUGAACAUGGAGAAGAGGAGAAAGAGACUGCCGAGCUGGACAAAAACAAGGAUAUGGAUAAAGAUAGGGACCGCACUUGA